AUGUCCUUCAGCUGGAAAGGUCUUUUGGGCGUCAAUCAGUCCUCCGCCCCGUCCUCCACCUCUGCACCGAGCGCUCCAGGCUCACACCAAGCAUCGGCAUCCCCAGCGAGCCAUGCCUUGCCCAUCGGCACGCCCGGCUCUUCCGUCGGCGGCAGCGUCGCCUCGCCAACUUCGGCCGGCUCAUCCGCCAUGAGCCCGCCAUCCGCGCGUGCUCCACUCAACUCCAAUCCCUUCGCCGCAGCACAGCCAGCCGCGCCGGCCGUGCCAUUGUUCGGAGGCAUGAUCCCCUCGUCCAACUCUUUCCACAGCACCAGCUACAUCCCUUCCUCCUCGGCAACCACCCAGUCUUCCGUCAUAUCUCGCAAGCCCUCCGAGAUUCCGGUCAACGCCGCCGAAGGUGGAGGCUAUCUUCUCGGAAUGGAAAACUUUGGCAACACUUGCUACGUCAAUUCGAUGCUCCAAUCGCUCUACUUUUGCCGCCCCUUUCGCGACUCGGUCCUGAGUUACAACGUCGCUCACCGUGACCGCUCCGAAUCCGAUCCGGAUCACCCAAGGAGCCAUCAUGACAGUGUCGACUCAGCAGCUCCAACACCUCUCAACUCAACAUCCGAGCCCGCCGAUGGGAUUCCACCAGCUGACACCCUCUUUGCUGCCCUCCGUGAUCUAUUCGAGGUCAUCCAGCAAUCUGGCCACCAAAAGUCGCUCUCGUCGCCUACGAGACUCACAGCACCCGGCUCUUUGCCACUCUCCAGCCCUAUCACACCCUCUCCCCCGUCUCUAGGCUCUGCAGACCCACCAAAUGUUGCAAGGAGGACAUCCAUCCUCGGUCGUCCCUCGACCGCAGGUGGCAUCGCUGGCAGGGGUGGAGCGGGCAACCACAUCGCAGCAAACCAAGCCGGCAGCACAGCUGCCGCCGCCGCCCAAGCGAUUCCCAUCGCGGCCAGCUCGUCCGCCGGCGCAGCUCCUCCUACUCUUUCCGUAUCUACAAGCUCAACGGGCACGCUAGCCUUGGGCUUCCCUGCAGUGGAUUCCAACGCGGUCAAGGCGUUCCUGGGCACCCUCAAACGCGAAAACGUGCUCUUCGACAGCACGAUGCACCAGGACGCGCACGAAAUGCUCAACUUUGUGCUCAACAAAGUCGGCGAGGACCUGAUCGACGCCGACAAGGCGCGAACCCGGGUCAAGAUGCAGAGUCGCAAUCCCUACCUCAACGCCAGAUCCGAGUCGGACAAGACUGUCGAUGCGCAUCGCAGAAAGAACGUCAUGGAGGUGGGGCCGAGCGGAAAGACAUGCGUGCAUCGGCUCUUUGAAGGCGUUCUGACCAACGAGACCCGAUGCCUCACGUGCGAGACCAUCACUUCGCGCGACGAGUGCUUCCUCGACCUCUCGAUCGACAUCGAGCAGAACUCCUCCGUGACUUCGUGCCUGCGCCAGUUCUCCGCGUCCGAGAUGCUCCGGUCGCGAAACAAGUUCUUCUGCGACUCCUGCUCGGGACUCCAAGAGGCGGAAAAGCGCAUGAAGAUCAAGAAAUUGCCCAACUUACUUGCGCUUCACCUAAAGCGCUUCAAGUACGAAGAGACCGUCCAGCGCUACGUCAAGCUGGCCUACCGCGUCGUCUUUCCGCUCGAACUGAGGCUUUUCAACACCUCGGACGACGCAGAGGACCCCGACCGCCUCUACGAGCUUUGCGCCAUCGUCGUCCAUAUUGGAGCUGGACCUCACCACGGCCACUACAUCGCCGUCGUCAAGGUUGGCGAUCGCUGGGUGCAAUUUGACGAUGAUGUGGUGACGUACAUCGACGAAGCUGAGAUCGCCAAAUACUACGGAGACCGACCCGGCCUUGGCAGUGCUUACGUGCUGUUUUACCAGGCAGUGGACCUCGACUUUGAUGGACUUGGCCUCGUCGAUCCAGCCAUCCAGGCUACGAUCCAGCAGAAGAUGGCCACGAAUGGACGCACGAACGGCCGGGGUCGGGCCGGCUCAACGACCACGGAGCCGAUCGAUGCGCGCCAGCAUGUCCCUUCGCCCGAGAGGGCGGGCGGCGCAGCGCUGCCGAAUCGAUCGCGACUCGACUCGGUGACAGAGGGAAGUCCCCUUGUCGCUGGAGGUGCGGGUGGCUCGGGAGGCGCCGAAGCCGGUCAAGGCGCCAAUGGCUGGUUCGGCUCGUUCCGCAACCGCGAUAAACGCGCAGGCAGCCAGUCAAAGAGGAGGCCAAAGACGACCUCGUCCGUCGACCCGCUACCGGCCGGAGCGACCGUGGUGCUUGCAUCCGCAGCUUCAGCGGAUCCGACCAAGCUCGGUCUGGGAGACGUUGAGGGAACGACGCCUGACAAUGCCUCGAUCUCGACUCACUCGACGAGCGCCAACGAGGGCGUUCCUCGAGGCAUCACGACUGCAUCUGCUUCCAUCACGCCGUCGACGGAACUUACUGGAUCUGCGAUUCUGCCUGGCUCACAAGCCGCUGAUGGCGAGGCUGAUGCUUCGCCUGCGCGUCAUGGUGCAAUGACGACGACGCCUGCCUCUGAAGUCUUGUCAAGUCGAGGCACGACCGAGUCGCCCAGCGAGUCAAAGUACAGCCGGAUGAUCGGGAACCAGGCGGAUGCCGCCGCGAAUCGCGAGGCGAGAGAGCAGAAUCUGAUGCGGGGCAUCAUGAAUCGUAGGGCCCGAGCUGCUUCGGAGGGCUUCCCAUCCCCAGGGGUGCUCUCCGAGGCUGCUUGGGGCACGACAGGCCCUUUGCUGUCGCAUGGUCAGCCUAUGCUGGGCGGCGGCUUGGUCGCGGAUCCCGAGGAGGCUGCACACGCUGGGCACGCGGCACACACAGUGGUAACACCUUCUGCCAUUGAUUCGGGAGCCAGUCCUGCUUCGACGUUCCCCAUCGCAUCGCAGCGGGAAGGACCGUCGGGGCCUUCCUUUGCACCGCUGGAGAGACUGCUAUCGAAGAAAGACGCCAAGACAAGGAAUGCGCGAAGGGCAUCCUCGGGCUACACGCCAAUGUCGCCUGGAACGGAGAAGAAGGAAGGGAUGCUGUCGAAUCUCUUCUCGUCGAGCUCGUCGACCUCGUCCGCGGCUCAGUCGAAGCGCAACUCGAUGCAGCAGAUGCCAGCAGGCUCGCCGUCGGAGGGCGGGGCCGCAGCGGGAGAUGCACUGCCGCCCUCGCGGAAACCUAGCAUCACGACUCGAACGAUCAGCAAGACGUUCGGAUUCGGUCGAAAGCAGACCUGA